GCGAGAGCGCUCAGACAGCGAGCUGCGGAGAAAAAUAACCGCACUGGAUAUCUCUCCUCCUUACCGACGCGCGGGGGGGGAAACCAAACCGAGGAAUACUGGUGUUUUAUUCAAACGAAGAAACGGGUCCUAAACCUCGCUGAACAGACAAGAUUCCUGGCAGAGUGUGUGAGCGCUACAGGGGACUAGGGGAUCAGUCGGUGUGUUUGUGAGAAGUCCUUUCCUAACUGCAGACAUGGAGACCCAUUUCCUGAUGAGAGUGUUGUGAGUCCGGCGCAGCCCUGUCGCGCCCACAGCGUCCCCUCUCGGCCCGGGUGGCCCACCACGGCCCCCCGGCCUCCUCCAUGAAGGGGUAUCAUGUCAGCCUGUCCCAGCACUCUUCUGGCGGGGGGCACACACAAUGUGACCCGGGCCCUGGCUCCGUCCGAGAGUACCACCGCCACCCCUCUGAACACUACGACCGGGCGGGGCACCCCUUCUACCCUCCCGGUGGUCCCCCAGAACCCCUAGCUCUGGAGCAUCGCUCCCACACCCACUCUGGAGGGGGGACGUUCCCCCGCUCCCACCCCAACCAGCAUCCCCCGACCCAGCAGUUGUACGACUCAUGUGACGAUUGUCUGUCCACGGUGGGGGGUCACGGGGGUAAGAUGCAUCGUAUGCCUCCUAACCUCCAGGAUCAGUUUGAAAAGCAGCUUCCCUUCCACCCUGACGGGUUCCACACCCUGCAGUACCAGAGGAGCGCCAGCGGGGCGGAACAGCGCGGCGAGAGCCCCUCCCGUAUCCGCCACCUGGUUCACUCAGUCCAGAAACUCUUCGCCAAGUCCCACUCCCUCGAGGCGCCGUCGAAGAGGGACUACAAUGGCACACGAGGAGGAGGGGAUUACCGGGAAAGAGGAGGAGGGGGGCCCAGGAGCGGAGGAGAGGACGGUGGCGGGCAUAAUAAUUCGGGCCACCAAUCCCGCUCGGCGAGGCGCAGCAAGUCCCGCGAGCGCUCCAAGAGCGGGGAUGGGCGCCACGAAUCCUCCAGCAGGCGGCACAGGAGCCGAACUGCGGGGUGGUGGAGCUCCGACGACAACCUCGAUAGUGACAGCAGCUUCUUGGUAACCGGGGGCAACACCGGGCCAGGUGGUCGAGGUGGCGGGCGAGGCGGAUACCCCACGGGCCACGAGAGUCUGGACGCUGCCAUCCAGGAGCUGACCAUGAAGAAACUGCCCAGACAGGGGAGUGUACCACCAGGGCCCGGGCCGGGGGAGUGCAUGGCCUGUACCACUCUGGCCCUGGCAGGAGGGGAGGGUGGCGGAGGGGGAGUGGCAGGGUACCAUGGAGGGCCAGGGCAACACUCUCUGAAGAGGAGCACGUGGUCGGCCAUGACGGUCAGCCAGGCUAGAGAGGUGUACCCAUCGUCUGUCCGGGGAGGAGGAGGAGGCUAUGACAAGGCCUUGGUACCUCUGGAGAACAAACUGAAGGAGAGGACCUUUCACUACCUACAGGUCCCGUCAGACGGGGUGGAGUGGGGUGGUCCUGACGGAGGGGGGGAGAUCCCCUGCAGGCGCAUGCGGAGUGGCAGCUACGUCAAGGCCAUGGGAGACGAUGAUAGUCAAGACUCUGACGCCAGUCCUAAAGCCUCUCCUAAAACCACCAUCAUCGCCCAGAGAGAGGCCUUCAGACGCUCUGUCAGCAUGGACCACAGGUCAUCUGCCACCAAGUACUCAUGUAAGCAGUGUGUAGAUUCUACUCUUCCCUAUGCUAACAGCCGAACCAAGCCCAAAAGUCACGCCCGCUCUCGGAGCUACACUCGUUCUUUAACCAGCUCACAGCUGGGUGACUCUCUGAAUCGUCAGUUUGAGGCGGUGUGUGAGACCAUGUUUGGAGAGAUUGAGAGUCAAGCGGUGGAAGCCUUGGAUCUACCUGGAUGCUUCCGGACCCGUUCCCAUAGUUACGUCCGCGCCAUCCAGGCCGGCUGUUCCCAAGACGACGACUGCCUGUCCGUCUUCUCCAUAUCGGGACCCCAGGGUAGCAUCAAGGGAGGGGCCAUUUUCCCAUACCGUAAGGGUGGCCCUCCCCCACUCCCUCCUCGUAUGUCCAAGCCAAUCAUCUCUGUGAGGGCUCAGAGUAGUACAGAGUCUACCCAGGAUACCUACUUCCAGAACACAGGCCAGCCUGCCCUAGGACGACCCAGGCAACACCAUAGCCACUCUGUCGACCUGGGAAUCACUGAUGUUGUGGUGUCUGGUCAGACCUCCAGGGGAUCCAGGGAAGGAGGUUACUACACAGGACCAGGACAAGGCCGCUCCCGCCAGCACUCCAACUCAGCCGAGAGUCUGGACGGGGUCCUCCGGGGCGGGCGUGAGAUGAUGCCCUAUGGAGGAGGAGGACAGGGACCCAUCAGAGUCAAACAUAGUGGCUCCGCGGAUAGUCUCCUGGAGGGGCCCAGGGGAAGGGAGAGGGGAGAGAGGGAUAUGAGGCGGGCAGGGGGGAGUCUGUGGAAGUCUGCCUCCCUCCCACAGAACAGUAUGGUGCUGAGUAAGAUGGGAGGAGGAGGAGGAAGAGGAAGAGGAGGAGGAGGACAGGAGGAGAACAAGACGGAGGGAAGAGGAAGGAAUUGGAGGCCUUCUAUCGCUGUACAGGUGGACAGCCCGGGGACCCUGACAGACUCGGACGCGGAGAGCAAGGCUCUGAGAGAGGUUCACUCUAUAGGAGUGCAGGUGGAGGAAGACAAGAGACGUGCUCGGUUCAAGCGCUCCAACAGCGUGACGGCCAGCGUCCAGGCAGACCUGGAUCCAGAGGGGGGUUACGCAGGCCUCACCAUCGCUGUUCCUACCCAGGAUAAGAGUCCCCAGUUCGGCUGCUCCUUCCAGAGACACUCCUCAGAGCCAGGGCCAGCCGACCAGUACGCAGAGUACCACCGCACGGUGCACACCCAGGGCCAGUGGACCUACAGAGAAGACUAUGUCCAGGAUGGUUACGCUACAGACAAUCACCAGAUCCCCCCACUGCCCCCGCGGGCCCACUCCCCCCUACCCCUCGCUGCGGACCGUGGAGGCUGGACAGGUACGCCCCAGCCCUCGCUGGAGGGGGGCCCUCGGAGUCUGCCUGACUCUGGUCGCGCCUCGCCCUGUCUGAGAGACGGAGAGUUUUUCCUACGCCUCCUUCAGAUGGAGGUGGAGAGGAUGGAGGGAUGGUGUCAGAACAUGGAGAGAGAGGCGGAGGAGAACGAGCUGCCGGAGGAGGUUCUGGAGCUGAUCCGUAACGCGGUGGGCAGUGCCCAGAUUCUCAUGACCCAGAAGGUCCAGCAGUUCUUCCGUCUGUGCCAGCAAAGCGUGGACCCCUCAGCAUACCCCCAGCCCACCUCUCAGGACCUGUCAGGGCUCUGGGACCUGCUCCAGCUCAACAUGGAAGACGUCAGGGUCAAGUUCCAGCACCUCCAGAGGCUCAAGGACUCCGGCUGGAGGCUUCCCCCAGACAAGAAGGAUGACAAGAAGCUUCCUCCCCCACUACCAAAGAAGCCAGCUGGGGGGGUGAGCGGCAGUCUCCGUGCCGACAGCGUCAACGACCUCUCAGUGGAACGAGGGGUAGGAGGAAGCGGAGGAGUACUGGUGAUGGCCCGUAGCGGGGGUGUGGGACGGGCCGUGCCUAUCCGGGAGAAGUCCUUAGACCUGGGGGACAGACAGAGGACUGAGGCACGCAGGAGACUGCUCCAGACCAAGAGGUCUUCUUCCUUCAGACAGAACUCAGCCACGGAGAGCGCCGACAGCAUCGAGAUAUACAUCCCAGAGGCUCAGACCCGGCUCUGAACAUGGAGAUACAGCCCUUUAUCCCAGUGAACAGAACCGACCAGACGCCUGGGACAGCCUAAAUAUAGAGAUAUAGCUAGCUAUCCCACCCUAGAACGACCACAACCAUUAAGAUCUACAUCCCGGAGGCUCAGACCCGGUUCUGAACACUGGAACCAACUAAACGUGGAGAUACAACCUAUUUUGUGAGGAUCCUAGAUCAACCAAAACUCUCACUAGUUCCAUGCACUGAUCCCUCUCCCAAUGACGAUAUAGGCCAUACUGACUUUCUCAAGCCUUCACUGUUGGGGGAUGCUGGGUCCCAUCGUCAUGCCAUUCCAAGGACAAGGCAAGACAGAAGGGGAGAGCCAUUUGUGCCCUGGAACUUUGAAUCCCCAAUAAACAAACACAAACAAUCUGUAGUGACUACGGGAUCACAGUUGACUCCACACACACAUUUAUUUCCCUCAUCUUUAGUCGGAGAGAGAGAGAGAUAGAGCUGUAAAAUACAGUGACAGUCACUGAAAGGUGUAGUCAUGCAAUAGUAGCAUGUCUGUGCAUGCCUGUCCACCUAUAGCGUAGCCUAGCCAAGCCUGGAAUAGCCUAGCCUAUCUUAGCCUCAGCUCAUCUUAGCCUCUUAGCCUAUUUUAGCCCAUCUUAGCCUCUUAGCUCAUCUUAGCCUCUUAGCUCAUCUUAGCCUCUUAGCUCAUCUUAGCCUCUUAGCCUAUCUUAGCCUAGCUUCCAUCUUCACAGGAAAUAAGGGCUUCACAAAUCUCAACCACUCUUGUGGGCAUGGAGCAGAUUCUCCCUCUAAAUGGCCACUCCACAUCACCCAAGGCUCUACAUCAACUAGUUUGACGUCGUUUGGCUAGUUGGCUACAUCCUCUGAAGACUGUGUUAAUACACACUCACUUAACAUUCAACUAUGGAUGCCUCCUCCUACACAUGUCCCAGUCAACACUCAUUCACCUAAGGUUUUAUUCUCUCACGACUCCUUCCUAUUGGCCCGAGCAUCCAUCAAUCUACCAGCUGUCUGGGUGUCUCAGUGUACUGUUUGAAGGAGAGUGUGUUUUUCUUUUUUUUUUGUACAUCGUUUUGAACGAUGCUGUUCACCAGCUAUCUAGUGUGGCACGGUAUACUUGACAGCCAGAAAACAUCACAAACAAAACAAAAAAACCUUGAAGCUGUUUUCUUUUUUUUUAGAUAAACCUUCUGAAGUGUAAAAGUGGCUGAUUCUUAUUUAUAUUUUAUUUAUUUUUUUUUUCGAGUUUUUCAGAAUAUUGAAAUUUCACAACAGGGGAUCCUUUUUCACUGUGAGACAAUGGCACCCCCUGGUGGGCAAAUGAGAAUCACAGAAUCACUGUCAGAAGAGGAGGGUGUGUGGGGAAUAACGGCCUCAUAAAAACAGGAGACUUACGUAGCAAAAAAAAAAGUCUGAUGUACUUUUUUAGAUAUAUUACAUUUCCAACAAAAAAUGCUUUUUUCAAGAUUGGUUAGACUAGCAAAAUGGCAAAAUGAAUCGAAGAGCUGCCAAGGGCCCCAGGCGAUUUCUCUGCCUGUCAGCUUCCUCCUCCUCAAUGUAACUUCAGCACAAGACACACCCUUCCA